UAUUCUUUUCUCCAUCAAAGUUUACUGUCUUAUCAAAUGUAAUACAUCAUUGAACACACAAGCAAGCAUCUGAAUCUAUUGAAAGAACAGUAAUCAUGCCUUUUGGUUUGGUGUCAGCGUGGAACAAACGUAGGAGAAGCAAGUCUGAGGAUAUGCUAAAUCCUUGGAUAUAUAAACCUGUAGAAUAUUGGCAAAUCGAAGACCAGAAUCCACCUGCAGCAAAGAGACGCCAUGGAUCAUCAGUUUUCACACUCAAAGAAAUGGAGGAGGCAACAAAUUCUUUUAGUGAUGACAAUCUACUUGGAAAAGGAGGAUUUGGUCGAGUUUAUAAGGGCACACUGCGGUCUGGAGAGAUUGUAGCAAUCAAGAAAAUGGAUCUACCUUCAUUCAAGGAAGCAGAAGGCGAGCGCGAGUUUCGUGUGGAAGUCGAUAUUUUGAGCAGACUGGAUCAUCCUAAUCUGGUAUCACUAAUAGGAUAUUGUGCAGAUGGAAAGCACAGAUUUCUAGUCUAUGAGUAUAUGCACAAGGGGAACCUUCAAGAUCAUUUAAAUGGGAUUGCAGAGGUGAAGAUGGAUUGGCCCUUAAGGCUAAAGGUAGCUAUUGGGGCAGCAAGAGGACUUGCAUAUCUGCAUUCAAGUUCAGCUGUUGGAAUUCCUAUAAUUCAUAGGGACUUCAAAUCCACCAAUAUUCUUUUGAACACUAGUUAUGAUGCAAAGAUAUCAGAUUUUGGACUUGCAAAGUUGAUGCCAGAGGGGCAGCAAUCAUGUGUGACAUCUAGGGUACUUGGUACUUUCGGCUAUUUUGACCCUGAAUAUACACUGACCGGAAAACUCACUUUACAAAGUGAUGUUUAUGCAUUUGGUGUUGUUAUGCUGGAGCUUUUAACCGGACGCAGGGCUGUGGAUCUCACUCUUGGACCAAGUGAUCAGAAUUUAGUACUACAGGUGAGACAUAUAUUGAAUGAUAAGAAGAGGCUGCGUAAGGUGAUUGACCCUGAGAUUAGCAGGAGCUCAUACACAAUGGAGUCUAUCACCAUGUUUGCUAACCUAGCAUCUCGCUGUGUGAGAACCGACAGUAGCGAAAGGCCCUCAAUGGUAGACUGCAUCAAAGAACUUCAGCUGAUCCUCCACACGAAUACGAAAGGGCUAAGUAUGACUAUGCAUACAUUCAGAAUGAUCUAAGACCUUCUCAGAUUGACAUGGAUGACACAAAAUCUAAUCAAUAUGCGCCAAGAAGGAUUCUUCCAAUUCAGAAUUUG